UACGCGGCAUAAGAGAUGAAAACAUGGCAGUGAGUAUGAGCCAAGCAGAUGUACAGAUGCAGCAGAAGGAAGAGGGCGAAGACGACGACCGGUCAAUAUCUAGGUCUGACAGCGGCAGUGGCGAGGACUCCCUGGACCGCCUCUUACGCCAUCGGUGCCCCCUCACGCCUUCGCUGUCGCCACGGAAACGCACCACCAGCCAGAGCAAGACGGAGCCCCCGCUGCUGAGGACCAACAAGAGGACCAUUUACACCGCGGGACGCCCGCCCUGGUACAAUGUCACUGGGACCACCUUCAAAGAGGCUUUCGUCAUUGGGUUGUGUGGUGGCAGUGCUUCUGGGAAGACCACCGUGGCCAAUAAGAUCAUCGAGGCGCUGGACGUCCCCUGGGUGGUGCUGCUCUCCAUGGACUCCUUCUACAAGAUCCUGUCCAAAGAGGCGCAGGAGCUGGCAGCCAGGAACGAGUACAACUUCGACCACCCCGACGCCUUCGACUUCGAGCUCCUGGUGACCGUGCUGCGGAAACUGAAGAAGGGAAAGAGCAUCAAAGUGCCCGUUUAUGACUUCACGACGCACAGCCGGCGCAAGGAGUGGAAAACUGUCUACGGGGCCAAUGUGGUUAUAUUCGAAGGGAUUCUGGCCUUUGCCAACAAAGAACUUUUAAAGCUGCUGGACAUGAAGGUGUUCGUGGACACGGACUCGGACAUCCGCCUGGUCCGCCGCCUGAAGCGUGACAUCAUGGAGCGCGGGCGCGACAUCACCGGCGUCAUCAAGCAGUACAACAAGUUCGUGAAGCCGGCCUUCGAGCAGUACAUCGAGCCCACCGUGCAGGUGGCCGACAUCGUGGUCCCCAGAGGUGGGGAGAACUUUGUUGCUCUGGACCUAAUUGUCCAGCACGUGCACAGCCAGCUGGAGAAGAGGAAACUCCGCUGGGAUAUAUCAGCCCUGGCCUCCGCCCACCAGGGCCAGCCCCUGCCCGAGACACUGAGCGUGCUGGAGAGCACCCCACAGGUGCGGGGGAUGCACACCAUCAUCAGGAAUAAGGACACUAAUCGGGACGAAUUUAUUUUCUACUCCAAGAGAUUAAUGAGGCUUCUUAUCGAGCACGCCCUGUCCUUUCUGCCUCUGAAGCCCGUGUCCGUGGAGACGCCCCAGGGAACGGUCUACGAGGGGAAGAGACUCAGCGGGAAAAGGAUCACGGGCGUGUCUAUUCUGCGGGCGGGGGAGACCAUGGAGCAGGCCCUGACCGCUGUGUGUAAAGAUAUUCGGCUGGGAAAGAUCCUCAUCCAGACCAACCAUGACACUGGAGAGCCAGAGCUCCAUUACCUGCGCUUGCCCAAGGACAUCAGCGAGGACUACGUGAUCCUGAUGGACAGCACUGUGUCUACGGGCGCGGCCGCGCUAAUGGCUGUCAGAGUGCUGCUGGACCACGACGUGCAGGAGGACAAGAUCUUCCUGCUGUCGCUGCUCAUGGCCGAGAUGGGCGUGCACUCGGUGGCCUACGCCUUCCCCAAAGUGCGCAUCAUCACCACCGCCGUGGACAAGAAGGUCAACGACGAGUUCCACAUCAUCCCCGGCAUCGGGAAUUUUGGGGACCGUUACUUUGGGACGGACGCCCCGUCUGACUGGUACGAGAGCGAUGAAGGAAUGGACUACUGAAGACUGGGAGGAGAGUCAGGAGCAUGGCAGGCUUGUGGAGAUCCUAUCAGCUACUGAUGUCCAAACAUCCCUGGAAGGUUC